CUCCUCCUCCUGUGAACACGCUGUGAUUUCCUGUGUUUUCUUCUUCUGUCAGAAUCUGUAAACACCGCGGGAAAAGACGUGAAACGACAAGAAAACAACAACCCAACGACAAGAAAACAACAACAAAACGACAACAACACAACAACAAAACAACAACACAACGACAAAACAACGAGAAGCAGGAGUUUAGUUGAGUUUCGUGUGAGGGCGAUGAGGAGAGCACUUCACUGCUGGACGUUAGUGAAGUUACUCGGCGUCUCCGCUGUCCUCGUGCUGUCUGUCCACGUCCUCCUGAGGACCAAAGAUGUCCCCCGGUCUCCGCGUCCACUCACGGACGCCGAGUUCGCGCUCGUUUCGCCGCUAACUUACCGCUUCAUCCACAACCAGCCCGCGGUGUGCGCGCGCUCUCCCGCGCCCUUCCUGCUCUUCCUGGUCCCGGUGUCUCCUCAGGAGGCUGAAGCCAGAGGAGCCGUCAGGAGAACAUGGAGUUCUCCUCCUUCUCCUCCUUCUCCUCCUUCUCCUCACGAGGAGACGCUGACGACACUCACUCUCUUCUUCAUGGGCGUCACAGAGGACAGAGGACAGGUGUCCAGCCUGCAGGAGGAGAGCACGAGACACUCUGACAUCAUUCAGAUGGACUUCCUGGACACUUACCAGAACCUGACGGUGAAGACUGUGAUGAUGAUGAACUGGGCGUCCACGUUCUGUCCCAACGCCUCCUACGUCAUGAAGGUGGACGCUGACAUCUUCGUCAACGUCUUCUUCCUGCUGCCGUGGCUGAGGAACUCGCCGCGCCACGACUUCAUCACGGGCUCGGUGAUCGGCGACGGGCGACCGCGGCGGGACAGGAACAGUAAGUGGUCUCUGACGGAGGACCAGUUCCCAGAGGACCGCUUCCCUCCGUAUGUGUCGGGCGCCGGCUACGUUCUGUCCGCCGACCUGGCCGCCAGGAUCGCCUGGGCGUCCAGGUUCGUGCGCGUGGUCCCUCUGGAGGACGUGUACGUGGGUCUGUGCCUGCGCGUGCUGGGCGUGCGGCCGUCGUACGCCCUCGCCGGUUUCACGCUUAGGAAUCUGUUUGAGAUCAGGAACCUGGAGUACGACCGCUGCGUCUUCUCCAGACUCAUCAUCGUCAACGGUUUCAAGCCCGGGAAGCUGCUGCGGGCGUGGCAGGAUUUCUCCACGCGUCACAACAGCUGCUGAACGACAACGUCGCCAAAUCCGGAUUAAAGUUCCUGCUGUGAAAGGGAAAAAAAAGCCAUCAGAUUAUUCUGGAAGCGUGAGAUUUGUCUCUGUUUUUCUGGAAUAAUAAGAAAAUUAAGAAGCUUCCAUUUCUGUCCUGAAAACAGAUGUUCACUUUACAAGUUAUUUAAGUGUUAUUUUUAUUCAGUUUGUAGACUUUAACGCCUCAGGACUUUGUUCAGACGAACAGUGCAAUGUUCGUGCAACUCUGACAAAAACUAAAUCAGGAAAAAUCAUCUCAUUCAUUU